UGAUGGUUAUUUUUUCUAAACCCCUCCUCGUUUCUGAAUUUCCGGCCUGUCUUACUUCUCUAUCUGCCCAGAUCGUUCUCAUUUUUCUCGCUUUGCAUUCUCGCUCAAUGAGAGCGCACUGUAUCUGUCUGUUAUUGUUGCUUGGGUAACGCGCUGCGAUCGGUGUGCGAUGUUUUAGCGCGGGCAAUAACAUCGAAUGUGUGCGUCUGCGUUUCGUGCGGUUUAACCGGCAAUUGUAUUGAAACUGUUAUUGUACAGAGCACCGGCAUGACGACGAUGGACACGCAGGGCAUGGUAGUGCCAAGAAGUCCGGACAGUAUCAUAAACGAGCUCAUAUAUGAAGGCAAGAUCCUGGGUACUAUGACUACGAUCGGGAAAAAUGGCGCCAGAUUCGUUGCGGUGCACAACAUUGCCGACCGGUUUCACACCGGCUACGGCGAUCAUCCCGACGAGGCGAAAGCGAAUGCCGACGAGCUGGUGCUCAAGCAUCUGAUCGCACAGAACAGCCUCUCCCACCAGCAGCUUGCCUCGUACGCACUGUACCGGCUCGGCAAGGAAUGGCCUACGGUGGCCGUUAUCACCUCGAACGUUGAGCAGGGCGAUCUGCGGACGAGGCUGGACGAACUGUACUGGGACACGCUGCACGGCAAACGUAGUCACCGGUCGCCCGAUAGUGUGUGUUCGGAGAGUACGAUCACCAGCAAACGACAAAAACAUCAAACCGUUGCUGGGACUAAUUCGACCCCCACAUAUCAGGAAACUCCUACGGACCCCGAAUUGAUACAACCUACAGCGGGAGUGAAUGGAGCGGCGACGAUCGAAACGGAGGAAACUGGAUCGGUAUGUAGCGAAAAGCCCAUAAAGCGUAGCACACUUCCUCCUAAUGCGGACGAAAUGCAUCCAUCGAUACUGUUGACGCAUUUGCGCCCGGGCCUUCGCAUUGAUGAUCGUCGCGCCGACGACGGGUGGAUUGCGACGGUCGAGAUCGAUGGGCAAGAGUUUUGCGUAAAUGCGGAAACGAAAAAGGAAGCCCGGAUGCUCGUGUGCAAGUACGUUUGUCAGCAGUUCUUCGGAGUGGACUCAAAGUUUACGCUGAAUGGUGGACAAUCGUAAGAUAGGCUUGCAUGUUGAACUUAACUCUUGGUUUAUUUUUUAUACCAUUAUUAUUAAUCGUUGAACUAUUUUUAUGAAUAAAAAGAGCAUUUACUGUUGUUAAAA